AUGGUGCGAGUAUUUGUAAAAUGGGGAAAGGAACGCCUCGAAAUAGACGCUAAUCCAUCGGAUUCUCCACUUCAAAUGAAAUCUCAAUUAUUCUCUUUAACGGGUGUGAAUCCAGAAAGACAAAAGGUCUUAAUAAAGGGUAAAAUUCUUGGUGACAUUUGCUGGGAUGGUUGUGAGUUGCAAGAUGGCAUGACGGUGAUGAUGGUUGGAAGCGGGGGUACUGUUCCAGCACCUCCACCUCCGCCAGACAGCCAUAUUGAACAAACUAAUACUGAAAUAGAAGCGGAGACAUCACAUGCAAUGGAUUUACCGGCAGGCUUAAAAAAUUUGGGAAAUACAUGUUAUUUAAAUGCCACUCUGCAGUAUUUUAAGGUAAUACCAGAACUGAGAGAGGCAUUAAAUAAAUAUUCGGAAUCAGUUCGAGUAGUAACCAACUCCUUGGACCAUAGUAGUGGCGCCAAGGCUAUUACAGCUGCUGUUCGUGACCUUUAUCAGAUGAUGGAUAAUCAGAAAUCAAAAAGUUAUCGAAAUGUUAUUCCACUUAUUAUGCUACAAGUUGUUCACAAUGUUUUUCCUCAAUUCGCAAUUAGAGAUGAGCAUGGAUGGAUGCAACAAGAUGCAAACGAGUGUUGGACAGAAUUUGUUCGAGCUUUUCAGACUCAAUUAAAAGUCACAGAUAGCAGUGUUUCUGGAAACCAAUCUGACUCUGUAGUUUCAAGAUAUAUGGAAGGCAUAUUUAAAAUAGAAAUGAAAAACCUGGAAUCGGAUAUUGAGCCUGUCAGUACCACGAAAGAAGCUUUUUUGCAGUUGAGUUGUUUUCUUAAUCAAGAAGUAAAAUAUGUGCAGUUGGGGAUAAAAAGUAAACUGACGGAAGAAAUCACCAAAAAUUCAUGUGUGCUUGGUCGUGAUGCCAGAUAUGAAAAAAAGGCCUUGAUAGAUCGGCUUCCUGCAUAUCUUUCAAUACAGAUGGUCCGAUUUUUCUAUAAAGAAAAAGAUAAGGUAAAUGCCAAGAUUUUAAAGGAUGUGAAAUUUCCACUUAUUCUUGAUUUGUACGAAAUGUGCACGUCUGAAUUGCAGCAAAAACUACUACCUGCACGUGACGCUUUUAAGGAGGAAGAAGAUAAAAACAUAGAAGUUUUGAGAGCAUCAAAGACUCUUGAUGGUGCCACUGGGAUUUCUGAAUCCAGUAAGAAUGAAGAAAAUAAGGAAAUUGUUCCUUAUAGUUUCAGUGAUGACCCUGGUUCAAAUAACAGUGGAUAUUACGAAUUACAAGGUGUCAUAACGCACAAAGGUCGAUCAUCUAAUAGCGGUCACUAUGUUGCAUGGGUUCACUUGAAAAAUGAUCAUUGGGCAAUGUGUGAUGAUGAUGAGGCAUUUAGCUCAGAGGAUAUUUUAAAACUAUCAGGUGGAGGUGACUGGCACUGUGCAUACGUAUUACUUUAUGGGCCAAGGAUAUUGAAAAGAUGA